AAGAGGAGCUGCCAUGUUGGCCUCCUCCAUUCCCCCAUCACUCCUCUUCCUCCUGCUCUUGCCCCCUCCUUCUUACCCAGCUGAUGUCAUUGCGACCUCUGACCCCUCUGUGCAAUGGGUGGAGCUACACGGCGCCCCCCUGUCUCACCUUGUGCUGUACCCGGGGCUGGGCCACCUGUAUGUGGGUGGGGUUGACCAUCUGUACCAGCUGACCUCUGACCUGGAAGUGACGUCACAUGUCAAGACCGGCCCUCACCUGGACUCCCCAGACUGCCUCCCCCCGAUCGUGCCACAGGACUGCCCCUCGGCCACGCCCACUCACAACCACAACAAACUGCUGCUGCUGGAGGCGGGGCAGGGGGUGGAGCCAGUGAGUCUGAUUGUCUGUGGGUCACUCUACCAGGGCAUCUGUGACAAGAGGAGUUUGACAAACAUCUCUCAGCUCAUCUAUCAGACCUCCAACCCCGUCGACACUCAGUAUGUCGCCGCCAACGACCCUCGAGUCUCCACUGUCGCCGUGGUGAUAACCACAGAGAACAAACAGGAAGUGGGCGGGGCUGGUGGCAUCAUGCGAUUGAUGUUAGUUGGUCGAGGCUACACCAGUAAAGGCCCUGGUGAUAUCCCACCAAUCACAACGCGGCGUCUGUUCCCGGUGGUCCCGCCUCGCCAGGCGUUCUCUCAGGAGGAGGAGCUGGGGAAACUCGUUGUAGGAAGUUACUCUGAGUACAACAACCACUUUGUGAAGGCUGUCACCCAUGGCAACCACGUCUACUUCCUGUUCUCGCGGCGGCACAAGAAGGAGUACCAGACCUAUGCUUCCCGGCUCUGCACCUCUGACCGCAGCUUCUACUCGUACGUGGAGGUGCCGCUGAAGUGCAACGGUGGGUACAACCUGGCUCAGGGAGCGUGGUUAGGAAACCACUCAGAUAAACCUGCACUGUUCAUCAUCAUGGCGGCAGGACAAGCUUCCACACCUGUACCGACUGAUCGCUCAGCGCUUUGUGUUUAUGGGAUGGCAGACCUUGACGACAAGCUGCAGAGAGCGCAGGAAACGUGUUAUACAAAUGGAGGAAUAGGCCCCAGUCGAAAGGAAGAGGCAUACAUUGAAUACGCUGUGUCAUCAAAAUGUCUGACAUUACCAAAG